CCGAUCAUUGUGGGAAUGGGCACUCACUCUCCCAGCACAAGCCCGUCUGAGGAAGAGCGUGAUGAAUGCAAAGGCUACGUCACUCUAUCUCAGACGGCUUCAGACCGGGACUCGGACUUCGUCCUCAUCGUGUCGACUGCUGAUAUGGGGCAGCCGCAAGCCAUCGUGGAGACGCAUUCAGCACUCGGCAACAACCAAAGGGCGGUCUUGCUCUCUCUGGUCCCCAAGUUCCAGAUGUCACGGAUAUCACCUGAGAUCAUCUUCAUAGCUGAUAUAAACGGCAUUAUGGGGCGUCAAUUACCGCAGCUGAGACACGCCUUGACAGUUUUCUUGAAGACUCUUACAGUUGGAGUGAAAUUCAACAUUUGCACCUUCGGCAGUAGCCACAGCUUCUUGUGGCCAGAGAGCAUGCCAUACGACAAGGAGAAUUUGCAUACGGCACUGAAAUAUGUGCAGACCUUUGAGGAAGACCUCCGGGGCAUCCAGAUUUUGCCUCCCGUGGAAGACGCUCUGCAGAAAAGGUACAAAGAUCUGCAGACGGAAAUCAUCGUUCUGAACCACAUGCCCAUCAAUUACACGGAAAGCCUUCUGGAUUUUGUGCGGAAGGAAUGUGAUGGUGGUGAUGUCAGAGUUUUCUCUCUCGGGAUCGGAUCAGAAGCUAAUGUCGAGGGGCUGGCCAGAGCUGGCAGAGGGUAUGCGCAUAUUGUAGGAAUUGGCGAUGAGCUCGACGUUGAAGUGUUGUGGAUGCUCAACGCUGCACUUCAGGAGCACGUCAAAGAGUACAAGAUCUCUUUCUCUGCAGCUGACUCCACCAGCCCUGCGGCGACGACCUCCAAAUCUGAGCACGGCGGAGACGAGGCAUUGGAGAUAGUCCAGCACGAAGAGAGCUCCUCUGCACCGGCUCCGAAGCCUGAAGAAGCCAAACUGCAGCCGGAGGUCAUUUCCCUGAGCACUGCAUCAGCUUCUGCAGACGCAAAAUCCAAGCAUCUCUCUUCAACGGAGAGGUUCGCUCAUCUUCCUGCCCUCGAAGUGCCGACUAGGAUACAGACUCCACACCGCAUUCCGCCGCUAUACCCACUGUGUCGGACCAAUGUCUACGUGCUUCUCUCGGGAUCGGAGCCGACUCCUCGAGUCAUCACCUUGUGGUGCCACACAACUUCAGGCAGCAGAGUAAAGCUUAAUGUCCCUGUCAGAGAUGUGGGCUUGGGCACCACGGUCCAUCAUCUGGCCGCAAAAGAGCUCCUGGAGGAACUAGAGGUAGGGGGCAGCUACCUUCACUCGGGCGAGUUCGGAGUGGACCCGCAAACAGAGCCUGAAACCUUCGUGGAUGUUGUGGCGAGGGAGGGCUGGAGAGUAGGUUCUACCUUCGGAGUGGCGGGAAAGUGGACCAAUUUUGUAGUUGUCCAAGCGGAGGAACCGAAAUUCGAUCGUCCAGAACAUCGCGCGUCUAAAUCCUACGUGACAUUCGACACUGGUUCACCGACACUGUUGUCCUGUGAACCGGAAUCUCUUGUUUCUCUCGUUGGCAUGAGGAGAUCCGAGAGACGGUCGACAGUGGUGUCUGGUGUUUUGGGUAAUCGCUCGGCUCCUCCGAUGUGGGACCUGUGCAGUGCCAGCCAAUGUUCCAGAUUACCGCGAAGUCUGUCGGUGGAGGAAUUCGGGAGUGUGAAUGAGCUGAUUCGAGAUCCCCAGGAUCUCGAAUUGGAGGGCCUCGAUGACAGUGGCCCCUCGGAGUGCGAUGGAGAGACGGUAACUCAAUUUGCGAAGUCCUUUGAGGAGAUGAUUGCUAAGCUGGAUGAAGAGCACUCCAACGAACCUGACCCAGAAGAGUGGGUGAGUGGGGUCGUGGAUCAUUUGACAACGUGGAUUCUACAACAAGGGCAGGGUCUAGAGACUGCAACACUAAAGGCUCUUGAUAGAGACGUGCUGCAGGCGCUGGUUUGCAGUGCGAUGCUCGCAUUGAGGUUCGAAAAGGAGGGAAGGGUAUUUCAUGGUGCGUGGGGGAGGAUUCAGGCGAAGAUCAAUGGUUGGGCUGUCCAGACAGCAGGAGAAGCAGCAUGGAAUGCACUGAAAAAUGUGUGGUACCAAGAAUAUAUGCAGUUUUGGCUAGAGCAUGGGGAGGAGGAGGACGUGUAUAGGGAAAGACGCGGGAGCGGGUAUUACUACUGAUAUCAGUGAAAUCCACGUUUACUCUUAAGUAGGCUUUGUAAGGCUUAGUUGUGCGGUACGAGAGAGAGAAAACAGGAGAUUGGAGCUAGUCCGGAAGACUAAAUCUUGGCACUUCACUGUGAUCCAGUCUAGACUCGAUAAAGCAGCAAACCUGAUUGAAAGUAGUAAGAAACCAAUGCGCAGAAGGUUCGAGAUAUUAUUGACUUGGAAUAUCACCCCUGCACUUGCAUUUCUGCAAUUCUUCCCAAAAUUAACGACUCAGAAUAUGGGGAGGGCACGAAGUCAAAUGUCGCUGUCAAGCACAUGAACAAGCAAAAAAUUAAAUACAACUUAGUGAACAUUGUUGUGCUUAUGUUUCUGAAAUCACUGUCUUCGUCGCCGGCUAAAUUCAAGCUUUGACGGGAUGUUUUCUGCGGAG